UGUGUGACUGUUUCAAUGCAGUAUUGUCAUUGUGAUCACUAUCAUAGUUCAUCAUUUCAUGACUACUAUUAUGUGUGACUGUUUCAAUGCAGUAUUGUCAUUGUGAUCACUAUCAUAGUUCAUCAUUUCAUGACUACUAUUAUGUGUGACUGUUUCAAUGCAGUAUUGUCAUUGUGAUCACUAUCAUAGUUCAUCAUUUCAUGACUGCUAUUAUGUGUGAUUGUCAUUGACAGCGUUGUCAUUGUGGUUGUUGAUAUUGUUUUGUCCUUUGUCCUUAAGUCCUUGUUCGUCUUUAUAGUUGUCAGACAUUUAUUUGCUGAUGUAGUUCUGUAUGUUUCUGUUGUUCUGUUCUUGUUGUCACAAUUGUUGUUGUUGCUGCUGUUGUCCUUGUCUCUUGUCUCUCUUUUUUUCGUCCCCCCCGGUUUCCUUUUCUCUUCUUCUCUGUCCCCUCCUGCUCCGGUCCGGUCGCUCCAAAUUUGCUUUAUAACAAGCAUCAAAGUCAAAUAAAUUUUGUAUAACAGGGUAAUUGUAUAUCACACUUCUCCCUGGCAGAGUAAAUCUGUUGAGCACUUGACGGCAUUUAGAUGUACAAUUCUAUCUGCUUUAAAGGCUGGACAGGACAGGGGUUAAAAAAAAAAGAUCCCCCUGACCAUUCCUUCGAGGGUGUCGUUCUGCCAUAGUACCCAUUCAAUAUUUGAUAGCAGACACUGAAACUGUGCGUUUUUGUGUGUCUCCAGGGUUUGGGUUCCAAUCAAUGUGAAUUCUCAGGUGUUUCAGAUGAGUUGUCAUUACUUGUGCCUCAGUCCAAGUCAGUUGUCAGGUGACAAAGGGAGGCAAACACCCGAAAAUUUGCUUUGGCUCCAAAGACAUUAGACUUCACAUGGACUUUCGCACAUUGGCCUGAUUUGGACAUGCUCGCUAAAGACCCAACUGCACCUGACUUGGAAUAAAGACUUGUCCUCAUACCUGACGCUCCAGGGAUUAGACUAAAAUCCGGUCUUCUUUGAAUUCAAGUCCAAGACUUAGGGUUGAAAGGAUGACCAAUUAUCAGGUAUUUUGUCCUUAAGUCCAAAAGGUUGAGCUGCAAGUUUGAUCAGUUUUCAGUUCUUUUGAUCAGGUCAUGAGUCCAAGUCAGCUGUCUGUGGCACAAAAACAUGAAAGACAUAAGACUCCAGGACAAACACUAAUCGUUGGAUUUAGACUUGUUCUGAAAGACCUGACUUGGACAUAAGCUGCCCAAAGGAUCAAAUCUGUGAUCUGAGUCAGAUCUGCAGUAUUUAAGGACAAGUCAAAGACAGUUCUGAAGCCUUUGGGUUUGCUGUCUAAUUCAAGGAUCUGGUCGUUGCGGUUCAAUCAGGUGUCAGUUCUGUGGGGCAAGUCAUGAAUCCAACUCAGCCAUCAGGUGUCUGGGGGACAAAAACCUGAAAGACAUCAGACUCCAGCUCAAAGACCUGAUUGCUGGAUUUAGACUUGGACAUAAGUUUCCUGAAGGAUCAAACCUUUGAUCUUGAAUCCAAGUCAGAUCUUCUGUGUUUAAGGACAAUUCCAAGACAGUCCUGAAACCUUUGGGUUUGGAAUCUGAUUCAAGGAUCUGGUCUUUUGGGUUCAAUUAGGUCUUUCAAGCAGGUCUUGAGCUUGAGCCCUAGUCAGUCAUCAGGUGUCUGCUGGCCAAAGCCCUGAAAAGUUGCUAGCUAACGGCGUACUAGUCAGUCACCCAGCAGCUAGCACUGGCAGCUAGUGUUAGCAUCAGCCCUGAAAUACCAGUGAAUGUAGUCCAUUGUUGCUUUUUUGUGGAACACAAUCGCACUGAACAAUCCUCCCGAUGAUUACAUGUCAAGUUUAGCAAUGUCAUGAACGUGAUUCCAGACAAUUUGUUUUGUAGCGCCUGUGACAGUCGCCUCCUGGGGUGCUGCUCGAGCCGGCCUGACAAUAACGGUGUCAAAGAGAGAGACAUCAUCUGAGAGGUUUUUCAUGUCUGCAGCUAGUUGGUUGUAUGAACGCCACCACAAAGCAUCUAUUCAUGUCUAGGCCUGCCAGGGUGGCACCUCGCACGCCUCCAUCUGUGCUCGCUCUCCUUCAUUAGCUCUGACUCAUCCUUCUAAUAAGUGCAUCCACUUCCUCGUCUUGCCUCGCUGUUUCUGACUGCAUACUUUGGCCGAAUUUCAAUUCUACCCCUUAGCCCUUCCCCUUCGUCCUGCCCCAACCCCUUAAAACCUGAGACCAAGAGGAAGAAGCCCCUAAGAAAUGGGACACCACUUGAUUCUCAUUCCAUCAUCACCCUUCACCGCUGUGACAUUGGCAGAUGAGAUCAUUCAAUUGUUCAUAAUAUAUGUUUCCUAACAUAAAAUAAGGUGCAAACAUUUCUACAUUAUUUCAAUGUUAUAUAGCCUACUUCAGAACUAGGCAUGUUACGAUAAUCAAUAAAUCAAUUAACCACAUGAUAAAUAAAAACAAACUCGAUAAUUUUGCCGGCCUCGAUAAAUUGACAUGUGCAUGCGUGUUUGUUGUUUGUUGUACACACAGAGUACUGCAAGUAAGUGUACACAUUCAAAACAUGGCGAAUAUUUACAUGGAGUAGCAAAUGAUUGAAUAUGUAAUGAAAGAUGAGCGAUUUUGCUGUGAAAGUCAGCACCAGUGGAAAGGACAUAAACCGGAUGGACAAACUAAUCCGGAAAGCCGAGCAAGUUGUCGGCAUUUGGAGGCGUUUGUAACAGUGAGAGACAGGAGGACACUGGACAAACUGCUCUCCAUCAUGGACAACCCGACCCACCGUCCACUCCAUCGGACAAUACAGGCGCAGGGGAGCUUAUUCUCCAACUGACUCCUCCCGUUCCGUUCCCACAGUAAACGCUACAGGACUUAAUUCAUUCCACACACCAUCCAGCUCUACUGUACAAUACCUCACUUGUCUGUAAAAGAUAAUUCACCACAUUUUUGCGCUGUACUUUCGGCCCUCCCUUGUACAUUUACUUGUAUUUACCAUAUUCUGUACACCAGGGGCCACCAACGUGGUGCCCGUGGGCACCAGGUAGCCCCCCGUGACCACACGAGGUGCCCGCAAGCCUGCUUUUCAUUCAGGUUUUCAGUUAAUAAUGAAAGAACAGUAGAAAGAAAUGCAUUCUGAAAUACAAAAUGUGAGUUGUGGACACCAGCAUUUUGUUCAUGUUCUGGUAAAACAAGCAUAUUCGCUUUGUUUGGGUUUAAAAUAAGCUCUGAAAAUAAAUGUUACAAAAAUGAGUAGCUCUUGGCCAUUUUCAUUUUGUAAAAGUAGCUCUCACAAGGAAAAACGUCGGUGACCCCUGGUAUACACUAUUUGUAAAUACAGUCAAACCUGUCUUAGCGGCCACCUGUAUAUAACGGCCACCUGCCUAUAGCGGCCACUGAAAAAUCCCCCGCAGACAAUUUACGUGUUAUAAACCCUGUGUAUAGUGGUCACCUGUCUUGGUCAAUAUCUGACCGCAUAUAGCGGCCAAAUUACCGACUCAAGCAGAAGCUUCAUGCACGAAAAAGUUACGUUUUUUAAGCAAUGAAGCCGUCAUGUUUAGAGUUUAAUUACUGAGUCCUAGCUAAGUCACAAUAAUUCACAAGAUCCACACAAACUGUCAGUUGUUCAACAUAAAAAAAGCUGUCUUCUUUGGAGCUUGUUGCAGACAGUGACACCGUUUAUUUCCUGGUGUGAGACAAUGUGCACUGGUCAAUACUGUAAUGCCGCUUGUUGUGGGGAAGGAGAGACUCACAUCGCCGAUGCACUUUAAUGGCUUUAUUAACAGCGGUUUAUUAACCUAGUAGUUCUUUAAAACUUUUAUCCGCAGUCCCACAGUGCCCUCUACUGGUCAACAUGUAACAGUAUAAUUAUAUGUACCUGCAAACACAACAAGCUUCUAAUCACAGACAUGUUAAUAUGUGCACGCACAAAUUCAAAAUGGCCACCAACCUGCCUAUAGCGGCCACUUUUGCCGUUUCCCUUUAGUGGCCGCUAUAGACAGGUUUGACUGUAUGCAAAUCUUGUUUUAUCUUAUAUUAUUUUGAUUUAUUUUUUUUUAUACUAUUUUAAUUUUAUUAUAUCUUAUUCAUAUUGCAUUGCAUUUUAUUUAAGAGUGUUUGUCUUUUUCCUGCCUUUGAGCUACUGUAACUAAGCUUUUUCCCUUGUGGAUCAAUAAAGUCUGUCAAAGUCUAUGUCUGUAUGCUUCUUUCUAUUUGUCUCUGCUCUGCCCCUGCAGUGUGGUAUAUUCAUUUCAAGUCUGGUCACCAACCAUACUUGGUUUAUAGGGCUGUACACCCCUGUACACCCCUUACCCCUUGAUUUAAGAAUUGAUUCUCGUGAAUGCGCCAAACAAACCUAGGGGUAAGGGGUAAGAUAAGGGAUAAAGGGUAAAAUUGGGAUUCACUCUUUGUACCUUGACUUGUGUCUCACCUUCAAACUGCAAACAAGCUCGCUGGCCGCGGAGGCUUUGCCUCAGGAGCUUGGAUCGUCCACAGUGAAUGUGCUCCCAUGGUAACGUUGGAGUCUGCCUGGAGUACAGACACAAUAAUAGUCACAGGAUGACUGGUCUUGUAUGCUUGACACAUGACCAACUGACCAAAUGAAAGCAGAAUGGUGUCUCUAGGUACUUGAGAAAAGAAGAGAGUAAAAAGGGAGUAAAAAGAAAAUUAAGAAGAAAGUUGAAAUAUUUGGAAAAUAAAAAAAGGGCAAUAAGAGCAAAGAGUGAAGUUGACAUGACUAAUAGACUUUUUCAGCUCUUGUAUGUGACAACGCUGAGAUGCAGUUUGUUGUUGAAAUAUACUGCACACUCACACGUGCUACACUUCUUGCUACCACUCCCCUUUGUCCUUCUGCUGCAGCUGGCCACGCCACUCCAACCUGCUUGGCCAUCCUGCAGUCCAGUAAUCCAUCCAGCUCACCGGCAGUGGAAUUGAGAUGCAGCACAGAGCACAGAGUGCCUGGGAUCCCCAUCAUGAAUUAUGAAGAUGAUAGAUAGGAGGCUUUCCAACAAACCUCACAAAAGCCGCCUGUCUUCUCCCCGCAGCUUGUUGCCUUGCUCUUUCUGUUUCUGGGUGGAGAUUAUGUGCAAAAAAGCAAACAUGUUGUGUUGUCACACUUUAUGUCACAAUGGAUCCCAUCCAGUAAUGAGUUUCAAGUUAUACAACAUAAUGCAGGUGUUACAUGCCACAUUUUUAGAAUAGUUUUUUCUUUGUGAUGAGUUGAACUAUGUGUUAAAUUGAAUUUAUUAAAUUAUUACAAUAAAAAUUCCAAUUAAAAAUUACAUUCUACAAUAAUUGUAUUUUUAAAUAUUAAGUUUUUAAGCUUUUUUAUAAUUAUGAUUUUUAAAUUAUUAAAUAUACAAAUUAAACAUGCAUUAUACAAUAUUGUAUAUAAUAUACUGUAUAGUUAUUACUUUGGUUCUACAUUGCAGUAGUGUACUUUUUUCCAGUAUUUGAUGAAGCUCUUGCAUUGGCUCUAUCUAGAUUCUGCUGGUGUGCCUCAUAAUGGGGACGGUCCAUCUGUGACACACAUGACCAGUGCAUGCAUGAUCCAUUACUGGCCAGUAGUGUGUGUGAUCUUUUCUAAAAGGAGAAAAAGGGCCGUGUUUCCUCUCUGAAUUUUUUAUUCCCACCCUCUCUGUCUUCGUGCCGAGUAAUAAAUAAGCAAUGAAAGCUGAAUGGACUUUGAUUUUAUGUCCUCCACACAUUUCCUCCAUCUUUCUGUAUGUUUUUUUUAAAGCUAAAUCUUUCACCGUGUUUCUUUCCUCUACUUACCCAGUGAACCAUAUACUGAACAUCUCCAGCCUCCAAUGUGCUGUUUUAAAAGUCUGAGCUUCUCUCAGUGUGUGUUGUCUAAUAGUGUGUCUUUUGCCCACUGAACUUGACCUUUUGCUUUGUUAAUCCGCCAGUGAUUUAGAUUGAGAGCGCUGGUGGCAGUGAAUUAGUCUAAGAGGCUGCUCGGAGGGGUUGAGCGCUCAGGCCAGAGAGGCUUUGGGUGUAGAUUAACACAUGAAUAUAUGUCAAAGUGCCACUCUGUGAUUAUGCAAUAGUCUGCUUUUGAGACAGGGAGAGUGCACAAUUGAAGGGAAUCCUACAUUAAAAUCAGCAGUCAGUUUAAGUGAGGAUUUGUCUCUAUCUAGUGGUCACAUUAGACAGGACAUGUUCAUUUAGUACGUUUAGCUUUGGCGAACUAUCAGAUGUUGACUUUCUUUUGGAAAUACUUUAAACAAACAAGGCUGCUUGCUGUGUUGUUUUUAUAAGCAUUUUUCUAAUUUUAGGAGUGUUGCAUUUACAAAGUUUUAAACUAGCAAAAAGAACAUAUACUAUAUGACCUUUCUAAGCUACCGUAUUACCAAACUACCAAAAACCCCGCCUAUUGAGCGCAGCGAACCAAUCAGGUUGUAGCAUGACAACAGCCCGCCAAGUGCAAACUUCCUGAUUUGGUUUUUCAAUGGCCUUCGCUUGUAAACAGACUAAGCUAAAUAUUAGCCAAAAAUAUGAAUUUAGAGCAAACGUCUGUAGAUAACGGUGAACAAAGAAAGUCCAUCAGUUCCACACCAGAAGGGAACGAGCUGAAGAGAGGAGCACUGAAAAGAACUCCUUUCUCAAAGCUGAAGAAAGUGAACUCCAACUUCAAAUCACCAGGACAGGUCACCAAGACGACUAAAUUGAGUCCGGAAGAAGAAGUGGAGGAGCUGGAGAGAAGCCGAAGGCAGCUGGAUGCUGAGAUAGCACAGCUGGAGUCCGAGGGAUACAAAGUGGAGGAGCUGGAUGAUCACAUCGACAUGCUGCAUGAGUACAAUGAUAUCAAGGACAUGGGACAGUCACUCCUAGGUAGACUAGCUGCUCUACGCGGGACCACCACACGAGAUCUCUACAGCCACUUUGGCCUGGAACUGGAUGACUGACACAAAAAUAGCAUUUAUCUUCAUUUGUAGUUUUAGUAUCGUCGAGCAGCCGGGUGUGUCCUUAUCUGUCUUGAAACACAGUGUGUGUACUGAUGCUUCAAAAAAACAAUAUAUGGAUGAACUUUGUCCUCAUUCUUGUGGGGGGAAAAGCUGAUCACGCGUUGUUACCUUGCAUCAUAACUGCAGGUUGAUGCAUCAGAUAAUAACGUGGUUUAUCUCUGUAGACUUUGCUGUUGCUGAAGACACCUCCAGCUAUUGAUAAGAAGUAUCUGCUUUCAAUUUAUGGGAGCAUAGGUGUCGCUUAAGGAUCAUUUGCAAUCUUACCUGUUUGCUAGUAAGUAAUUCCAACAAUUGUCACUCCUUUCACUGCCUGCAACUAAGACUAGCUUGUGUAUUUAUUUAGUACAUAUUUUUCAGACUCUCCUUUAACAGUGUAAAUAUUCCAUCAUCAUGUAUUGAUACAAACAUCCGCUACAGCAGCCACAGACUCCAAAAAACACAAGAGCACUGUCGUAUAGAUCUUUGACCUUCUUUUUUACAGUAGGUCCUUAAAACAGCAGAGGGCU